CUUAGCCACGAUUAGGCGACGCCCAAUCAGUGAAAAAAAUUGGCCGAUUUUGACCUAAUUCAAUUGACCCGACCCGAUCCGACCCAAAUUUCAUUAAUUUUUAAUUUUUUUUUGUAAAACACUGCCUCCUUCGAGUCUUCGACGCAAUCCAUCCACAAUCGGCAGUCUGGAGGUUCGCGACUCUAGGCUUCCCGUUCCAGGGUGACUUCCGCGACUUCCAGCCAGCGACUCUCCUCCAUCGAUUCUCCUCCAUCAGCCUCCAGCAGCGACUCUCCUCCAUGGCGUCUAUUCUUUCUUAUUUAAUCGAGAAGAGGUUACUCGAGGAUUCAAGGUAGUUUGAGAAUUAAAGAACUUUUUCUUCCAUUGCCAUAAAUUCCUUGCAACCUAAAGCAUUUGAAAAAAAGAGAUACCGAGUAGUCAAGUAGCUAGAGAAAGGGAUGCAUUCGGCUUCAGAGAAUGAUACUCCAUCGCCGGAGAUUUUCAUCCCCAGUGAAUGGUGCAAUGCCGCCAAUGCCAUUUCCUGUGAAUCUGUCACUUCUCCGCCAGUGGCCCUCAUAUGCGGCCCCAAAAAUUGUGGCAAGACAACGUUCUCCCGCCACCUCCUCAAUGUUCUUCUCAGAAGGUACAGAAAAGUGGCUUAUUUGGAUACAGAUGUUGGGCAGGCAGAGUUUACGCCACCCGGCUUCCUAUCACUCACAAUAGUUGACAAAAUGCCUGCUGAUAUCAAAGUUCCCUGCCUUAAAACACCAGAGAGAUGCUUUUUCUUUGGGGAUACUUCAUGCAAAAGGGACUCAAAACUCUACUUGUCAUAUAUAUUUUCUUUGAAUGAUCAUUAUAAGAAAAAGUACUGCAUGGUUAAUAAUAGUGGAUGCCUUGCUAAUGCUGAUAUGCCCAUGGUUAUCAAUACCCCUGGCUGGGUAAAAGGGAUCGGCUAUGAGAUACUUGUGGAAAUCUUGAAAUAUACUUCCCCUAGUCAUGUUGUCAACAUUUGCAUAUCUGCUAAGAACAAGAAUCUACCAAGAGGGGUUUUUUGGCUGGAUGAGGGGGAAGCUUCACUGACAAACCUAAUUGAAAUCAAUUCAGCCCGUCAAGACCCUUCAGGAACAUCGAUUCUGGUGCAAAAGAAUUCACCGUUUAUGAGAGACCUUCGUAUUAUAGCCUAUUUUAAGCAAUGCUUUCCAAGUGGGGCAUUACCUGUACACCCUAAAGAACUUGCUCAUGCAUUAGCUGCACAUCCUCCUUAUGAGAUUCCUCUAUCAAGUAUCAAAAUUAAGCAUCUUCACUGCCAGGUACCCAAGGCCGAGGUUUUCUACAGCUUGAAUGCAACCAUUGUUGGAUUGGCAGUUAGCUGUGACGGUACUGAAGAUAUGCCUCAUUGUGUUGGUUUGGGAAUUGUGAGAAGCAUUGACACCUUGAAACGGGUUCUCUAUAUAAUUACUCCUGUGCCGUUAGACAGUCUGGAGAAGGUCGACCUUUUGCUGCAAGGUUUCAUUGAAUUGCCCACAUCUUUACUGCAAGUUCAAGGCUGCGUUUCACCAUACAUGUCUGCCAAUGUAUUGCCUGAAUAUUAUUGUUGGAAUGCUCACACACACGGCCGUAACCAAAUUACAACAAUUCAGUGAAAUCCCACAAGUGCGGGACGUGUGUGAGUCGACCUUAUUGCUACCUGUAAGGCAGUGAGGAUGUAACUAAGUUACUAGUAGUAGAGUACUCCUAUUUAAGUACUCCGAUUCACUUUUUUAAGGUAUUCCGAAUUAAUUAUAAAUUGUCAAAAAUAUUCUCUUAAGAGUAUGUUAGCAUUGUAGGUUUCAGUUAAGACUUUAGGUCAACUUCCGAUCGAUUAAAAGUAGGGCUGGGUC